AUGGCCCCACAAGCUGCAAGCGAGAAGCUCUACCACGACAAGUUUGUGGACAUCUACUCCGAUCACCUAUGCAUCAAGUCCUACUACUUCCCCUUUGGGAAGGAGAAAAGGAUCGAGAUCCCUUUCAACAACCAUGGAGAGCUCAGCUUCACCACCGAUAGGGACCUGGGGUUUACGCUGCUCGACUGGAAGGCUUGGGGCAGCUCCGUGAACAAGGUCUGGUGGGCACUGGAUUGGACCCGGCGCCCGCUUGGGAGUGGCCGGAAUGUGGGCAUCAUCAUCACCGUGGGGAAUGAGACAUUCCGAAAGGGGUUCAGCGUGGAAGAUGCCACGGCGGCACUGAAAGUCCUUGAAGCGCUGCUCCCAAGGACGGAGCAUCGAACACCCAGGGGAGGUGGGGAGCUGGAGUUGUCUAGGUGA